AUGGCCAUGGAGGAGGACGUUGCAAAGAUGAGCUGGGACCGAAAGCGCAACUUGAAUCGCGACGAGCUCAAUGGAUACUAUCGAGAGCGCUUCAACCAAGCAGCAGAGCAAAGGCGUGUGAGGAUGUACGACAGGGCCUGGGACGAAGUCAGGAAGAGAGAAAUUGCCCAAGGGGCAAAGGCCCGAGCGACCCGAGCCACGGCCCAGACGGCACAGGCCAACGUGACCAAGAACCUCUCGACGCCAGCACCGACGCCGCUGGCUGAGGAGGGUUGGGGAGGAUCUGGGACGCCCUAUGCUGGAAAAGCCCAUGAGAACAUCCCCGAGUUCAGCGGCAGAGCGAAUGCGUACAAGGAGUACCGCAAGAGGCUGACACUGUAUGACAAGAAGAUGUCAUUGGCUGGCGGUGGCAAGGAGACCGCCUUCAACGUUGUGAGCUCGUUGAAGGGGCGUGCAUGGGACGCAUGUGAGGAUUUGGAGAUGGCGACCUUGGAAGGUGCCGAUGCGAUGAAGACAGUGCUGGAGAGGUUGGACCGGGUGUUCAAGUAUGAUGCACUGACGGAGCUCCCUGCAGACUUCGAAGCAUUCUUCGUGACUUUGAGCCCCAGAAGGAGCCAGAGCAUUCAAGAGUACUCAGCUGACUUUGAGCGAGCGCUGAGGAAGCUGGAUGCCCACAACGUGCAGUUGCCCGACAAGGUGAUCGGAUGGUGGUACCUACGGCGUGCUGGAAUCUCCAAAGAGCAACGCCAGAUGAUCAUGAGUCACCUUGGAUCGUCUCAAAUCUCACUGGAGACCAUGCGGCGAGGGAUGAACUUCAUCAUUGGCCAGGACACCGUCCCUGACACUCAUGCCAAGACUCACACGACUUCACGUUGGAGCCGUGGUGGAAAGGAGCCAAUCUUCUACGAAGAGGAUGCUGACGAUGGUCAUGGCUGGGACGAGGAUGACUACGAGGAGGGUGAUGCAUACUGGUUCGAUGAAGGAGCCGCCUACUAUGACGAUGAUGGUGAGGAGGAGACGGAUGAAGCCUAUGCUGCAUUCGAUGAUGCUGCAGCGGAGUACGACGAGAUUAUGGCCAACUACGUUGAGGCAAAGCAGAGCCUACAGCAACUGCGAGUGUCACGUGGAUACUUCCCUGUGGUUGCACUUGGACCUGACGUCAAAGGAGGAGGACCUUCCAAAGGAGCUGUUCGGAAGGGCAAGUCCAAGGGCAAGGGCAAGUCUUUGCAAGCAGAUGCUGAGACCGCAGAGCUCCGAUGGCUGGCAAGAUUGGUGCUAGCAAAUGCCUACAAUGUGGACAAACUGGCUGACGAUGCGGAGGUUGGUGAUGUGCACAUGGUGGAGGAGACAGGCGUGAUCGACCUGACCCUGGACCAGACCUCUGAUGCAGCCAUGCCCGACUGUGGAGCCGCUUCUGUCCUGACCUCAAGGAUGCAAUUGCUGAAGUAUGUCAAGUUCCUUGUGGAGGCCAAGUACAAUGUGAAGGACAUUCCAGUUUGGAAAUGUCAAAAGGGCUUCAGAUUUGGCAACGGAAACCUGAACAGCACGACUUGGUGUGCUCUUGUGCCCACUUUCUUUCAUGGUGCAAGGCGCGACGUCUUGAUCUACAUCAUUGACGGGAAUGCGCCGAUCUUGCUGGGACGGCCCCUGAUGGAGGCACUUGGCAUCAGCGUGGACUAUGCCAACGGUCUGAUCAGAGUUGGAUCAGGACCCUGGUCCCGAGCAGAGCGUGGAGCCAAGGGCGAGUUUGUCAUCCAUCUUGCUGCCGACAUUGGGGAACUGUGCAGUUCAGAGCCAGUUCAGGCUUUCAUCCCCGAUGACUUCGACAAGCACGUACAGCCCGAGAAGUACGGAAUCGAUCAGUUGAAUCAUGGUGACCUGAUCUUCAACAUGGAUGAGCAAGAGCCCAAGAACACCGCACAGGUUGAUGAACAAUCUCAACAACAUUUUUCCUUGAAUUCACUUGCAAGUGCCAACGCUGAACAGAUCGACCCCCGAGCUGUGAGUUUCACCAACGACAUUUUGUCGAACAACAACUCUGCAGAGCCCUAG